AUGAAUAAUGCGGCGGCGGCGGCGGUGGCGGCGGCGUGCACGCGCUCCGCAGCAAUUCCCCUGCAGCAGGUGCACGUGUUGGCUGGAGGAGACGCCCGCUUGCCGUGUGACGUGUCCUCGAUGGAGAGCGGCGACGCGGCUCAGUUGGUGCUGUGGUACCGCGAGGACCUGGGCACGCCCGUCUACAGCAUGGACGCGCGCGGCGGGCAGCUGCAGCGCUGGUCGGACCAGGAGGUGCUGGACGGCCGCGCGCACUUCUGGGCCGACCGGAGGCCCGCCGAGCUGCUCAUCCGGCGCGCGCUCGCCUCCGACGCCGCCGUCUACCGCUGCCGCGUCGACUUCCGCGUCGCCCAGACCCGCAACUCCAGGGUCAACCUCACCGUCAUCGUGCCUCCGACGCGACUGUUGAUCGAGGACGACGCCGGCCACAGGUUCACCUCCGUAGCCGGGCCCUUCUCUGAGGGCGACACGCUGCACCUGCGAUGCAUCGCCUUCGGUGGGUCGCCACCGCCCACGGUGCAGUGGUUCCGCGAGGACGAGCCUCUGGGCACGCUGGGGGUGGUGCUGCCGGACGGGUCCGCAGUGCGUGCUGACGUCACCCUGGAGGGCCUCCAGCGGGCGGACCUCAACACGAGGCUCACCUGCCAAGCAGCCAACACGGAGCUCACCGCGCCCAUCGAGGACUCCGUGCUCGUCGACAUGAACCUGCGGCCUCUGGACGUGCGUCUGCUGGGGGUGAGCCAGCCGCUGUCUGCCGGCCGCCGCUACGACUUGCUGUGCCAGUCCUCCGGGUCACGGCCGCCAGCGCGCAUCACGUGGUGGCUGAACGGACAGCGCCAGCAACACAGUAAGCUCACGACGUCGGUGGACGGAAACACAACGACGUCAACUCUUUCUUUCGUGCCAAGCAAGGAGGACGACGGCCGCUUCCUCGCUUGCCAGGCUGAGAAUCCCAACGUCUACACUGACGUGCCAGAAGAUGGCGCCAAGCUCACCAUUCACUACGCGCCUGAGGUGACGGUCAGCCUCGGCCCGUCGCUGGACCCAACGGACAUCCGAGAGGGCUCCGAUGUGUACUUCGACUGCCGCAUCAAGGCGCAGCCGCAGGCGUUCAGGGUGCAGUGGCUGCACAACGGCCACCUGCUGCGGCCGGGCGCGGGGGUGGUGCUGAGCAACCUGAGCCUGGUGCUGCAGGCGGUGGGCCGCGCCGCUAGGGGCAACUACACCUGCGUCGCCUUCAACGCUGAGGGCUCCGGCCAGAGCCGGCCCUUCCCUCUCGACGUGCUAUUGUCGGGCGGCGGGGGCGGCGGGGGCGUGCGGACGCUGGCGGUGGGCCGCGGCGAGCGCGCCGACAUCCGCUGCGAGGUGGACGCCAACCCGCCGGCCGGCGCCUUCCGCUGGGCCUUCAACAGCUCCGGCGGCGGCGACGAGCUGGCGGGCUCUGCCAGCAUCUCGUACACGCCGCACACCGACCUCGACUACGGCCACCUGCUCUGCUGGGCCGCCAACAGGGUGGGCCGGCAGGCGGCUGCCUGCGUCUUCCACAUCGUGCCCGCAGGUCGCCCGGACAAGGUGCAGAACUGCACGGUGGGAAACGUGACGGCGCACGCGCUGUCGCUCCGGUGCGCAGAGGGCUUCAGCGGCGGCCUGCCGCAGUCCUUCCUGCUGGAGGUGCGCGAGGACGACUCGGGCGAACUGCGCGCCAACCUGAGCGCCGGCGCGCCCACCUUCCACGUGCAGCAGCUGCGCGCCGGCGAGCUGCACCACCUCGCCGUCUUCGCGUACAACUCCAAGGGCCGCAGCGAGCCCGUCUUCCUCGCCGUCACCACCAUGGCGGCGCUCGAGCGCCAGCUCAAGGCCGGCCACCACGGUAAGGCCGCGCCCUGGGCGCUCUGUCGCUAA